CCUAACGGCGCGGAACAUUCCAGUCUCGUUAGGGUUUAUAGUCAUCGAACAAAUUUUCCAGUUCCCAUUUCCGGCAACUCAUUGCCGUUCAACUUGCAAACGUAUUUCCAGCUAAAACCCUCAAAACGAUACGACACCGUCUUCAUUGGAAGUCGAAGCGAGAAUGAGCAAGAGGCCCCCACCUGACCCCGUGGCGGUUCUAAGAGGCCACCGCGCUUCUGUCAUGGACGCUUCUUUUCAUAUUUCCAAGCCUUUACUCUUCACUGGUUCUGCGGAUGGUGAGUUGCGAAUUUGGGACACGGUCCAGCACCGAACACUAUCAUCUGCAUGGGUGCAUAGUGCGGCACACGGGAUUACUUGUGUUGCAAGUAGUCCUUUGAUCGGAGCAAACAAAGUUAUCAGCCAGGGAAGGGAUGGAACUGUUAAGUGUUGGGAUAUUGAAGACGGAGGAUUGUCUCGGAAUCCCUCGCUUACAGUCAAGACAAACACUUAUCACUUUUGCAAGCUUUCCCUGGUGAAGAAGCCUUCUGCUUGUGCACCGCAAGCUGAAGGUCUAAAGUAUUGUCACGAAAGGGAGGUUAGGGAAACUGCUGACUCAGAAAGUCUGGAAGAUAGUGGGGGAAAGGCUGGAGGAAGUCUACCAGAGUUUUCACACACUGUUACAGAAGAUAUGCAUGCUGAAGGACCAAAAUAUGUGGCUAUAGCAGGAGAGCAAUCACAUGAGGUUGAAAUUUGGGAUCUCAAUACUGCAGAAAGGUUUGCACGGCUACCUCAAAAUCGUGUUGGUGGCUCCCCAAAUGUUUCUGCCAAUGAGAAAGGGAUGUGCAUGGCAGUUCAAGCAUUUUUACCAUCCAAAUCACAGGGAUUCCUAAAUGUCUUGGCUGGUUACGAAGAUGGUUCCAUGCUUUGGUGGGAUAUACGGCAUUUGGGAGUUCCUCUAACUUCUGUAAAGUUCCAUUCAGAGCCAGUUUUUAGCAUAUCCAUUGAUGAAUGGUGUAGUGGGGGUAUCUCAGGAGCUGCAGAUGACAAAAUCGUGAUGUAUAGUUUGGAUCAUUCCAUGGGUUCUUGUGUGGUCAAGAAAGAAAUUAAUUUGGAACGACCUGGAAUAGCAGGCACCUCAAUUAGACCAGAUUGCAAAAUUGCUGCUACUGCUGGCUGGGACCACAGAGUAAGCAUAUAUAAUUACCGCAAAGGAAAUGCUCUAGCAAUAUUGAAAUAUCACCAUGCUACGUGUAACGCGGUUUCAUUCUCAACUGAUUGUAAGCUAAUGGCCUCUGCAUCGGAAGACACGACUGUUGCUCUAUGGGAACUUUAUCCUCCUCGCACUUAAUAUUUACUGGUAUCGAGCGACAAAACAUUUGUACAGUACUGCUGAGGAUAUGGAUUUCUUCUUUUGUCUCACUGCUUUGGGGAAAAUUUUAACUAAAGACAAUCUCAAGAAGAGGGGAUAAUUUUCAUGGAUUGUGUUGUAUAUGUAAGAACCAUGGGGUGUGAGUUGCACAUUUGUUCCUUCAUUGCAAUAUAACUAGAGAAAUGUGGUCAUUAGUCUUUUGCUUAUUUGUUAGUUAGGGAAUGUCUAAUUUAACAGUGGAUAUUUAGCAAAAAGAGGAAUAAUAGUGAAUAUCAAAUAUGGAAGGCUAUACUGCUAUAUUUGUUGAGGUUCAUAUGGAGAGAGAAAUAUAUGUUUCGAGGGGAAAGAGCUACCUUUGACGAAGCUGAAAAUUUUAUUUAUGAAUACUAUAUGUGGAGUUCGGCUUCAA